AUAUACGCGCAACACCGCAACCACUCGCGCGGGCAGGUCGCGGCGAAGCACAGCUGCAGCACAUUCGCGGCACAAAACCUGUCGAGAAAGCAAAUCGCGUAUUAUAUAUAUAUAUAUAUAUAUAUAACACUCAUACAGACGAAAUGUCUCGCAACGGCGGCGAGGUGUGGACAUAAGAUUCAGUCAAAGCUCGAGUCCUCGAGAGAGCAGAGCAGAAGAGACUGGAGAGCCAAGCGACAUGUUGAGGAUCUCCAGUCGCGCUGCAAACAUACCGUCGUGGAUGAGUGCACGCUACGGGGUUCCGUCGCUCACUACACCGAGUCACCGAGAAAGAAAAUUCAAGACUAAACUCCUGUUGUAUCCGUCAACGACCGCAUAAUAUAGUGGGGGAAACCCUUGGCCAUAUAACUUGAGAAAUAAUAUAAGUACUAACCUACCCGGCCUAGAAACAGCUGACCCCCUUUGCUGAGAGAGUGUACCUACUACCUAUUCGUAGGUAUAUUAUUACCUGGCAGUGUGUACACGCCAGCUGCGAUCAUGAAUUUGCAAACGGUCUUCCAGGAUUUCAAUCCGAGCAAGUUCCUGGUGCACACAUGUUUGAUGAUCUUUACUGCGCUGUUCGCAUUGCGUCUUGAUGGAUUUAUUGAAUGGAACUAUUGGGCAGUAUUCAGCCCUAUAUGGUUUUGGAAGGGUAUGGUGAUUUUGGGUGCCACAGUCGGCAGUUACGUUUGGUGGCGACAUCCUCACUCUCGGCUUGAAGGAGAUGCAUACGUGCAUUAUAAAGCAAUGCUUAUUACUUUGGCAUUGCAUUUAAUUUUGCUCAUGUUUGAGUUAUUAGUCUGCGAUAAAUUGGAAUCUCAAAGACAUCUAUGGAUCCUUGUGUUUAUACCUUUAAUUUUUAUCUCCAUUGUAUCGAUAGCUGUGUGUAUUUGGGCUGUGAAACACGAUCGGUCUUUUGAGCUUGAACUGUUUUGUGCAGUCAACGUUUUACAGUUUAUCUUCCUUGCACUCAGAUUAGAUGGUUUUGUCACGUGGAGUUGGGAAGUUGUGUUUGUACCACUAUGGGCAUUGUUGUGUUUGUCUCUUGUUGCAGUUCUCUAUGCUAUAGUAUUUGCUGCUGUCUUACUGAGAACACCACAAAUUAAUGCUAGACAAAGGAGAACUUCUCUGAACUCAGCAUUAGCAUAUACAUUUUUGGUUGUACCGAUAUUAGUGUUUCAGGUACUUUUAGCUAAUAAAUUAGAUGAAGAUAUUUCAUUAAAUUAUACAACAGUAGCAAUGCCAUUACUGUUAUCUCACUUGACACUAAUUUUCAUGUCGUUUGGAGCUAAAGGUGGAAAUAGAUGGUGGUUUGGAAUCAGAAAAGAUUUCUGUCAUUUUCUAUUGGGCUUAUGCCCUUUGCUACAAGAAUAUGGUAAUAUUUCUUAUCAGCCAAGAAGUGCACAGGAUCAACCAGCAGAACCGAUAGUUUUUGAGAAGAACGAAAAGAAUAUUAAGAAAAUAGACUUAAUGAAACCUGUUGAGCCUAUAAUUUCUAUAGACAUGCCUGAUUGAUCAUUUAGGCUUAAAUACUUAUUGUAUAUUGAAAUCGGAUUAUCAUGAAUAAUUUAUGGUGGGAGAAAAGUUGAAGCUCAAUUCAAAUACAAGCUGCUUGGCUGUUGCAGAUUCGAUAAACGUGUUUGACGAGAAAUAGGUUUGGACAAUUUUUCAUUGUGGGUAUGACAAGCAUAGUACUAUGCAUUAUAUGCACAAGCUGGUAAAAUAUGCAGAGUUGAUAUAGGGUAAAAUAUACAAAUGUACAAUCAAGGGUAACUACAAUACUUCCUUUUUCUAAUUCAAUGAUUUAGAAAAAAAUGAAAACCCUGAUUUCAAAUCUACUUAGAUGAUUUAAAUAAUUUUUAAGCGAACAAAAAUUAUUUAAAUGAUAAAAAUGAAAUUGUAUUAGACUUAUGUGAUUUGAUAUAUUAUUCUUAAGUAAUUAUAUUGAGUUCCUGACAAUACAGAUAAACGAACAAUUUAUUCAAAUAUUGGCUUCGAUUCGUUGUAUUGCUAUUGCAAUAGAUUUUAACUAUCACUGUUUGUUAUGAAAAAUUACAUUAAGAAUGAUGGAAAAGAUUGUACUUUUUAAGAUUCUCAACGUUUCCGUGAAUUAUAGCGUAAAGUAAAAUAACAAAUUUAGAUUUGAGUAAAUAUGCAAGAAAGUAAAUACUGAUACUUUUUCAUCUAUAAGUUUGUCUAUACUCUAAUUUUGAAAGCAGAUAUUAUAAGCGCCUAAAUUCAAAACAUGCAUAUUAUAAAAACAAAACCGCUAUCCAUUAUAGCUUAAGCAAAUGUUUGAAUAUCUGCUUUGCAAAAUGUAAUUACUAAUAUAAGCCUUUAGAGAAGCCUAAAGAUUAGAAAAAUCAAAUUGGCGCUAAAUAGUGCUCCGAAAAAUUAAUAAAGCCUAAUUAGCAGCUUCCAACUAUUGUGAAAAGACUUAAUCUAUACUUUCAAAUUAAGAUUUUUUAUUAUACCUUAUAUUAUACAUACUGUGGCUUAAUCUAUAAAAUGCUUGAAUGUCAAGUAAUUCAUUGCAUACUUUUGACCAUGACAUAUGUGCUGGUCACUCUUUGCGACUGUGCCAUGAAAAUUAAAUUAAUCUCCAUUUUUUCUUCACGAAGCGUUUAUAUGGCUCAGAAGUGGCGUAAAACGAAUGAUGUUGUGUAUUGGCCUUAGAAGAAUUCAGGAAUGUGAAAAGUAAAUAGCCAUCGGAUCACAAGACUGAGCGCUUUGCAUCAAUUGUUUAGUAUUACAUAUACUAUUGCAUUGGUUCAGAAAAAAAUAAGUAAAAAGAGACAAAAACAAGGAUAAACAGAAUUUUAGAAGAGAAAUUAAUAGAUUAGAUGAGCUUGAUUGUUAAUGUUACUAAAAAUUGUAGAGUUAUUGGAAAGUCCAAUUGUUUAUGAAGUUGUAUAUUGAAUAGAUAGUGCUGUACAUACCUCGUAUUGUAUAAUAUUAUGAUUAUCUCGAUGAUUAUUGUACAUUAUUAUACAUAUCUAUUAUAGAGUACGAUAAUUGAUUAACGAUGAUAAUUAAUUAGCGACAUCAUUUUAUUUUAUAUAAAAAUUAUAUGAUAUGCGUUUGAAAAACGAAGAUAUGAUCUAAUAAAAUUUCUAUUUUUUGGUAUCAAAUGAAAGAUUUUUUUACUAACGAAACAAAUAACUAUGUGUACAUUUUAACAGAUUGAAUGAACAAUUGAUUGGGAUUAUUUUAAUCCAGGUAAUUUCAAUCCAAGCGUGUACAAAACAAUUUCACAUUUUAUUUUGACUUGCAACAUCGCCUUAACGCUUAUUUUUACACUCUUUUUUUCUUAUGUUUUUAUUGAUUAUAUAUACAUAAUUAAAACAUGUGGCUUACAUUGUAUCACAUAAUUUUUAUCAAUUAUUAUGUAUGUGAUCAGAUAACAUUUAGAUACAAAAACUAAGAUUAUAGCUAUAACAUAUAAUUUUUUUCUCGAUUUCGUCAUUACUCAACGUUCAUCGUUUGAUUUAUUUUUAUAAAAAUAAUACUUAAGUUGUAUGCGUCUGCCUUACAUACAGUGGAAUAGGUCAUCUUUGUCUCCAGUAUACCUGCUCGUGUAUCUUUAAAUUAAAGUUGAGACGAUUCUUCCAA